GCCCAUACACAAGCCGAAUACCACACGGAACCGGGAGAGAGUGCAUCAGCACUGCAGGGGUCUACUGAGGCACUCCAAGUGGGGAAAUGGCGGAGGCGACGAAUUCGAGCUUGGGCACGUAGGCGUCGCUCCUGCCAUCGCCGCAGCGGUCACUGGACUCUCACGCCGCCGCCGCCGCCGCCGGAGACCAUUAGUUCUCCUGCGCGGCGGCUCCGCGGCUCCCGCCCUCUCCCUUACCUUCUUCCCGCUAGGGUUUUCUCCGAUCCCCAAUCACUGCUGGUUCACAAAUGGCUUCAUCUCAGCAUGUUGAGAUGGAGGCUGCGAAACUUCUACAUAAACUUAUCCAGGAGUCGAAGGAUGAGCCUGCUAAACUAGCAACAAAACUUUACGUGAUAUGUCAGCAUAUGAAACUAAGUGGAAAGGAGCAAUCACUGCCAUAUCAAGUCAUAUCAAGGGCUAUGGAGACAGUUGUGAACCAACAUGGAAUUGAUAUGGAUGCAUUGCGAUCAUCACGAAUUCCAUUUGCUGGUGGUCCUCAGGCAGGGGAUUCUAGUGGUGUCAUGUCAAAGGACAAGGAGGUCAUUGGUAACCAGUCUCCCAUGGUCGGAAGUGAUGCUUCCCAAAGUAGUGGACAAGCUGGAUUAUGGCAGCUUCCAUCAGGUUCAACCGAUAUGAUAAGACAUGGGGCAUCUAUUUCAGGUAGGGUACCCACAGGGCCAAAUAGGGGAGAUUUCUCAGCAGCUGAUAUUCAUCAAGGCUCCAUGUCACAAAAAAGCGGUAGAUCCUCUGGCAUUGAAAGCCCUGCAAGUCUGCAGAUGGAGGACACCAGAUCUAUGAAUUCACAUGAUUCUUUGAAAUCCGAUGAGAAAACAAGUAAGAAAACCUCUUCCAAGAGAAAAAGGAUGGAUUCAAAAGGAGCUGGUGAUUUGCGUUCAGAAGACAACUCAAAGUCAGAUGUUAUCUCCACUGGACAGAAUACCAGGAAGGGGAAACAGGUUGGUAAGGCUGGUAGACAAGGUCAGCCUUCCAUGGGAAUUGAGCAUGAGCAGCAACCUCAUAAACUGCAAGGUGGUACUGGUCAGGUACCACCUAUACAUGGUGGUGCACCUUUUCUCAGGACUCGCUCAGAAGGUCCUUCUGGGAGGACAAUGGACAAGACUAAACCAUCAAAUCCAUUCUCAAUGGGUCAAAUUCCAAAUUUUCCUGAAGGGCUGGCUUCUACUGGUGCUCCAAUCGAGUUGCAGAAAAGUAUACAGGGUGGAGCAAGUUUAUUUAAUCCUGGUUUUGGCUGGAACCAAAAUCCACAAGUUCAAACCUUGAAGAAUUCUCAAGGUUCUAUUCAUAAUUUAGUGAGGUCUGGAGUUACUGUUGAAGGGAAAGUUAAUGUAGGGGCACAAGGAGCUUUUAACUCUGCCUCUGCACCACAGAUGGAAUUUCCCACAGUUCCUCCAUACAACCCCUCUUCCUUCGGAGCUAGCUCACAGUUUCUGGACAAAGGCAAGGAGUUGGUUUCCAGCAUUAUAAGCACUGAACCUCAUUCAUCUAAAGUUGCAUCUCAGCCUGGGAUUUCUCAUGGAAGUCCCAUGCAAGAAAGGCAAGGUAUGAUCAGGGUGCCACAGAGAGGCGAGGCAUCAUUUCAGGAACGCAGGCCAUCUUCACUUCCGAGUAGAAGUACUGGGCCAAGUCCAAUGUCUCACAUUUCUUCCAACACACCAUUUAAAGAACAGCAGCUGAAGCAGCUCAGAGCACAGUGCUUAGUAUUUCUUGCAUUUAGGAAUAAUUUGCAGCCCAGGAAGGUACAUCUUGAAAUUGCUUUGGGCAGAGGGCCUCCUGCAGAAAGUGACAGUGCAGGUCAAAGGGGCAGCGAGGGCAGAGUGUCUGAUGCUCUGGGAAAGGAAAAUGGUAGCAGUCGGGAGAACUCUGGUGUCUUUUGUAGGCAAACUGAUAUCUCUAGACUUCCAGCCACAUCUGCAGGAAGUAUUGCAGAGGAUGAUUCCUUAUCGAAGGAUCCAGAAAAUGCUACAAAAAAAAUCAAGUUAGCUGAACAGGAGAAGUCAUUGAUGGAAGUAGAAAAUGUCCAGCAAGCUUCUGUUAUGCAAGGAACUAGUUCUGAAAUGCGUUCCCAAGAAACUGCAUCUCAAAAUCCAUAUCGACCACAACAGUCAUAUUAUCAAGGAGAUACAAGAAGAAUCGCCUCGGAUAUCCAUAGGACUGAUGCUGAAAUUUUGAACCAGAAUUUAAGUUGGGGAGGCCAGGGAUCUACUGCUUUGGGUGGUACUAGACAGCUUCUGAAUCAGGAAACUAAAGAAUCACUUGCACCUUCAAAGUCACACCAUAUGCCUGUUGAUGGUUACAACUCCAAUAUACAAGGAAUAGAUCGGACUCCAGAGAUAGCUGGAGCUGGUAAUGAUGUUGAAAAUUGUAGCCACGUAGCAGAUAUUGUGCCUGAGCAGGCUGCUGAUGAAGGAGAUGAGGACCUCUCAGAGCAUGAGGAUUUAUUGUCAUCUCCAAAGCACACAAUGACGGAAAAAUGGAUCUUAGAUUACCAGAAGAGAAUUUACAAUGAGAAACAAAAGAGAACAUUGGAGCAGCAUAAGGUACACAGCAGAAUGUCAGCAACAUAUGAGGAGCUAAAGGAGAGCGUUAAUUCAUCCGAAGAUCUUUCUGCAAAGACCAAGAGCGUCAUUGAAUUGAAAAAGCUUCAGCUUCUGCCACUUCAACGUCGUGUACGCAGUGAAUUUUUGCUGGAUUUUUUCAAGCCUAAUACAUCCGACUUAGAGCGCAUAAAAUCACUGAAGAAACAUAGGCAUGGGCGGCGGGUGAAACAGCUUGAAAAAAUUGAACAGAAAAUGAAGGAAGAAAGGCAAAAGAGAAUUCGUGAGAGACAGAAGGAAUUCUUUGCUGAUAUUGAAGCUUACAGAGAGAAACUCGAGGAUAACUUCAAGGUUAAGAGAGAGCGCUUGAAGGGGUUCAAUCGAUACAUAAAAGAAUUUCACAAAAGGAAAGAAAGAAUUCAUCGGGAGAAACUGGAUAGGAUCCAACGCGAGAAAAUCAACCUGCUUAAGAACAAUGAUGUUGAAGGUUAUCUUAGAAUGGUCAAGGAUGCAAAAUCUGAUCGUGUCAAGCAACUAUUGCGUGAAACUGAGAAAUAUCUUCAGAAACUUGGGAACAAAUUACAGAGUGCAAAGUCCACAGAUGGCCGCUCAUCUUUUGUUACUGAUAAGAGUGACACUGCAAACGACAUUGAAGAUGAGAGCUACCAGCCACAGCAUUAUCUGGAAAGUAAUGAAAAGUACUAUCAACUGGCACACAGUGUAAAGGAAACUGUAAAUGAUCAGCCAUCUUAUCUUCAGGGCGGCAAAUUGCGAGAGUACCAAAUGAAUGGCUUGCGUUGGCUGGUUUCAUUGUACAAUAAUAAUUUGAAUGGUAUUUUAGCAGAUGAGAUGGGCCUUGGUAAAACAGUACAAGUAAUCUCUUUGAUAUGCUACCUUAUGGAAACAAAAAAUGACCGUGGGCCUUUUCUCGUGGUUGUACCAUCAUCUGUUCUUCCUGGAUGGGAAUCUGAACUCAGCUUCUGGGCACCUAGUAUAAAUAAAAUUGCUUAUGCUGGUCCUCCUGAAGAAAGGCGCAGGAUGUUCAAAGAGAUGAUUGUUCAUCAGAAGUUCAAUGUUCUUCUGACAACAUAUGAGUACUUGAUGAACAAGCAUGAUAGGCCAAAACUAAGCAAAAUACAAUGGCACUAUAUAAUAAUCGAUGAAGGGCAUCGUAUUAAAAAUGCUUCUUGUAAACUUAAUGCUGAUUUGAAGCUUUAUCGGAGCUCUCAUCGGAUAUUAUUGACAGGAACACCUCUUCAGAAUAAUCUCGAGGAGCUGUGGGCACUUCUAAAUUUUUUGUUGCCCAAUAUUUUUAAUUCGUCAGAGGACUUCUCUCAGUGGUUUAACAAACCAUUUGAAAGUAAUGGUGAUAAUUCACCUGAUGAGGCCUUACUUUCAGAGGAGGAGAACUUGUUGAUCAUAAAUCGUCUUCACCAGGUUCUUCGGCCCUUUGUACUCAGAAGACUUAAGCAUAAGGUCGAAAAUGAGCUUCCUGAAAAAAUUGAAAGACUUGUAAGAUGUGAGGCAUCUGCUUAUCAGAAACUUCUCAUGACAAGGGUGGAAGAAAAUCUUGGUGGAAUUGGAGCCGUUAAGGUUCGCUCCGUUCACAACUCUGUCAUGGAAUUGAGGAACAUAUGCAACCAUCCAUACUUGAGCCAGCUUCAUGUUGAAGAGAUUGAGGGCUACCUACCUAAACAUUACCUACCAUCUAUUUUGAGGCUCUGCGGAAAACUUGAGAUGUUGGACAGAUUGCUGCCUAAACUCAAAGCUACGGGCCAUAGGGUUCUACUUUUUUCUACAAUGACAAGAUUGCUUGAUGUAAUGGAGGAUUACUUGGUUUGGAAAAAGUAUAAAUAUCUUCGAUUGGAUGGGCACACUUCUGGCCAUGAAAGAGGAGCUCUUAUCGAUAAAUUUAACGAUCCUAAUUCUCAAGCAUUCAUUUUUCUUCUUAGUAUACGAGCUGGAGGUGUUGGGGUCAAUCUCCAAGCUGCCGAUACAGUUAUCAUAUUUGAUACUGAUUGGAAUCCUCAGGUUGAUCUGCAAGCACAGGCUAGGGCCCACAGGAUUGGUCAAAAGAAGGAGGUUCUUGUUUUACGUUUAGAAACGGUCCGAACUGUUGAAGAGCAAGUCAGGGCUUCAGCAGAACACAAAUUAGGUGUUGCUAAUCAGAGUAUAACUGCUGGUUUUUUUGACAAUAACACAAGUGCUGAAGAUCGAAGAGAGUAUCUUGAAUCACUCCUACGUGAGUCUAAAAAGGAAGAAGCAGCUCCAGUGUUAGAUGAUGAUGCUCUGAAUGACAUUCUAGCUCGGAGCGAAGCUGAGAUUGACAUAUUCGAAUCUAUUGACAAGCAAAGGAGAGAAGAAGAAAUGGCAGCUUGGCAAAAGGUGGUUCAGGAUGGUUCAACUAGUGGGCUAGACCCUGGAGUAUUGCCUUCUCGUCUUGUAACUGAUGAUGAUCUGAAGCCCUUCUGCCAUGCUAUGAAACUUUAUGAGCCAUCAAAUGUGAAAACAGUAAAUGUGAAUGUGAGGAAGAAGGGUGAACUUGGGGGCCUUGAUACACAGCACUAUGGAAGGGGUAAACGAGCCCGUGAGGUUCGCUCUUAUGAAGACCAAUGGACUGAAGAAGAAUUUGAAAAACUUUGUCAAGCUGAUUCUCCUGAAUCAUCCCAACCUGGUGGCAUGUCGAAGGAUUUGGAUAUUCUUAAUAAAGGCAUUAAGACUGAAAUUCUUGUGGAGAGUUCAAAAGAACCAGAACAAACGAAGAUGGAGGCAUCCCCAACUGUCGGUGACUCUCCACCAGCCAAACGGCGGAGAGGUAGACCUAAAAGGUCAGAUGUUUUUGUAUCUCCUACUGCUGGUCUGACUGAUGCUGUCAAACAAGACACAGGAACCACACAGGACGGUAGUUCUGCUACACCAGCAAGUACCAUCCACUCUGAUGCACCAGCUACUGCAAUCAAUUCAGCUGUUUCAGAUGUUAAUAUACAUUCUAUUCCACCAGCUGAUACCAAGAAACAAGAGUUCAGUACUGAUACCAAGGUUUCCAGUUCUGUUUCUGUUUUGGAAGGAUCUGUGCCGAAUGAAAUUGGUACACCAUUACAGAGUGUUCAUAAUGUAGCAGUUUCUGCACCACCGCAUCAAUCAGCUAGGGGCAGGAAAUGCCAAGCAGGAGAAACACCUCGUAGGCGAGGCCGAAAACCAAAAUCUCUAUCUUCAUCUGGUGUAGAUGAUGUUAGUCUUAACCCAACCUUUUCAACUGUUAGUGGUGUAGCAGACACUAGUUAUGUUCCUUCAUAUUCUCAGGUCUCAUCACAAGGCACUGCUGUGGCACUGGCAGGAAUCCAGAAGGAUUUUGUGACAGUUAAGUUGGAUACAUUGUUACCAGAUAGUGGUAAGGGUGCUCCUCCUGUUAAUGAGGGAGAUAAAGGUGCUACUGUUACAACACCUGUGGCAAAAGAUAUAUGUGCUGGGACUGUGACAACAUCAGACAACACUGUCACCCUGACACCAAAUACUCUUAAGGAAAACAUUGGAUUAGUUCAAGUGGCAUCUGCACCUUCUAUGCUCGUGGCUUCUGAAGAACUAAUGAAAAUAGCACAUGUUGCGGUGGCCGAUAAGCCUGUUGAGAAGCAAACUGCUUCACGUCGCCGCAGAAAGAAAACAUCUAGUAGCGAGGAUACUGGAGUCAGCACUAGACAAAGAUCAGCUAUGAAAAGAUCUUACUACAACACCUCUGUUGCCGUUGAUGAUAUUGGUUCUGCUGUGAUCCCAAAUGAAAAAUCAGGAAUAACGAAGGAAAGAGAUGUCAGUUCAAUUCAAAGUACAUCCAAUGAACUACCAAAUAUUAACUCACCAUUGUAUGAGAAGUCUGGAUAUGAUUCUCAACCAAGCACACCUAUAGCUGUCCCCAUCAAUGAAGACACUCUUCCUAGUGGUUUUGACACCUGUACUAAUUCUAUGAUAACUCUUGCCACAUCUGCCAACUCUGCUGAAGAUGAUAAACCAGUUGAUUUGCACCUUAAUGCACCUGUUUCUGUUGAUUCCCAAAACCAAGAACAACACAUGACAGGGAAGGACCAUUUGGCAGUGUGUUCUAGAAUCUUUGCUACUCAGUUACAGACGGACACUGCAAAUCCUGCUAUUGAUCAUAAACCAGGAACUGCCCAGUUUGAACCAUCUGCUUCCUUGCCCCAGAAUUCAGGCAAGGAUGCUACUGCACUACCUUCUGAGGUUGACAGUGCUGCUCCAAAUAGGGCAUCAAGCAGGAGGAGGAAAGGGUCAACUCGAGAACCACGCACCAGAAGUAAUUCUGCAUCAGCUGCAAGUGAACGUCGUGCCCGACUUACUGGAUUGAAGCAGGCAGAGGACAUAAAGAAGUUAGAGAUGUCAGCAACGCCGACCACAACAGUGUGUAUUUCAUCGGUAGAGCAACAGGGAGCUGCUUCUUUAAGUGCGAAGAUUACCAAUGCUUCUGUUUCUGAAGGACAGAAGAAUCCUGGAAAUUAUAUGCCUUCUGCCAUUUCAAUUCCCGUGGGGAGCCAUGUUCUGGGCCUGGGCGCAACAAGUAUUGAAGAAACAACUGCCACUAUGAUAACUCAGGCUCCUGCAGUUUCAAAAUCAGAACGAAGAAAACUUCCAGGAGGCAGUCAACAAGGUAUUCAGUUUGAGAGUUCAGCAUCAAAAACAAAGAUGGUAUCAGCUGUGGAACCAGCACCUGCAAAUGUUGAAUGCAUGCAAGGUACUGAAGUUAAUAGUUCAGAACAGACAAUAGUUUCUGCUACUGAACCAGCACCUGCAAAUGAUGAACACAUGCAAGAGCAACCAACAAAUAUCGUUUCAUCUGUGGAAUCAGAACCUUCAAAUGAUGAAGAGCACACAAAGCAUGAAGUGUUUCUUGCGACUACUGGUGAUAAUAUGCUUGCUUCUAGUGCAGGAACUGAAAUAUUGCGGGAUACAGUUGAGCAUGCUGCUUGCCAGCCAGAAGCAGUAUGCACAGAUGGAACUGCAAGGCAGUCUGAAUUGUCGCAACUUGAUAGAAAAGCCUUUCAUGAUGCCUCAUAUAAAUACACUCAUGGGUCCACUAAAGAUGAUGGUAUCUUGCCCAGUGAAGGUACUUCUGUUGAUGUUACUGGUUCUAAGCAGGAUGAUGUGAACAUUGUUGGCACACAAACUGAUGAUGUUUCUCGGGGUUCUAGUCAUUUUCCAGUUAUUUUACAAUCAACUGAGUCAGAUCGGCCUCCAGGUCAAGUGAAGAAUUUGGAGAGUAGGAUGGAGCAGGUGAAAACAGAAGAAGCUUUGGUUAACAGUUCUGGUGGCAAUCAAACUCACAGUCUGGGCGAUGAACCUUCUCAUAAUACAUCAUUAGCAAGAAAUUCUCCCUCAGAACACUCGAAUGAGCGUUGCUCUGAUCAAGUAAUUGGUGAAAAUUUCAAAAGUAAAGAAAAUAUUGUUGAAGUCCAUUCUGGCAUUAAUACUGAUGGCCCCGAUGAAGCUCUGAAUGCAUUGCACACCCAAUCUAAGGAGGCCAGCAUGACAGAUAUUGGUGUACCUACUGAUGGUGAUAGAUGUGAAGGUAAAGGGACUAGUGUCGAGGUCUGUGCUGACAUGAAUACUGAUGGGCCUGUGGCUACCCAGGAUGCUUCGUCCACGAAAUCUGAUAAAGAGUCCUGCAUGAUGGAAUGUGGUGUGUCUACCGAUGGCUGUCCCACAGUUUGCAAAACACACAAUGAUCUCCAGGGUCAUGUAUCUUGUGAAGAAACCUUUGUUAGGACUGGUGGUGAUGACACAACCCAUAUCACCAAUGCAAAUUAUGGUUCUAAUAAUGAAAGUGAGGCCACCAUUGCUAGUCCUGUUGAAACCACACAAAAACUGAUGGAAGGGAGCACUGUUAUUGUGUCGGAGAAUUCUGAUUUAAAUAAGCAAUGCCACACAUUGCAUACUAGAAAUGAUCCUCCUGCAAAUACCCUGUUGAUAGUUGAGUCUAACAAAGUUACUUGUGAUGCUGAAAUUGUUUGUGCUAGCAGGUUAGAAUCUUCUGGCAUUGAGGCUGAAACAGUGGGUAUCCAAGAGUCAGCUCUUACUGAUUUUGAGGGAACAAAAGGAACUGGGGAUUUGGGUGACAGAACUAACAGUCAACUGCAUGAUGAUGUUCAUGGGACAUCAUGUUCCACGAUAGCUCUUGUAUCUGAGAAAGAACCUUCCGAAGAUCUUACCACCGGUAGCCAUUCAGAAGCAUCUAAUUUACUUGCUGCUGUAGAACAAACUCAAGAAACUACUGUUGAGAACCAAGAGAUCAUAGAUGCAGUAGUGUUUAUGGAUGCCUGCAAGGCAGAACCUGUUGGUGAUUUUACUAUUGCUAAAGGAGCUGAACAGACUGUAGAAAUGGUUCAUUAUGUUGAUAAGCAAUCUGCUGUAUUAGACUAUGUUGAGACACAGACAAAACGAACUUCGGUUUGUGGUUCUACGCUAAAUGAAUCCCCUCAGGCUGCAGGGUUGGAAGAAGACUGCUCUGUACUGAAGCAUGGUGAUCCUACUUCAUCUGAGCUUCUUACUGUAGCACCUAAUCCAAUCGGUGAAACUUCUGUUAUUCAAGUGGAACCAGAGGCAAGAAACUCAGAUGGAUACUGCACAACAGAGGCUGGCAGUGCUUUAUCUGAAACUGUCAUGGGAUUGGAGCCAAAUAAAGAAACUGCGGUUCCAAUGCAAGAGAAUAUUGGAGAAGCUAAUGAUAAUUUUAAUAAUUGCGAAGCACACAAUAAUUCGGAGAUUCAUGCAUUUGAAGUGUCGAUGGAAACGCAGUCAUCAGAAGUCAAGGAAGUAUCUUCUAUUCAGUCUGGUGCAGCAAAUUUGAGCACACAGACAACUGCACUGCCUGAUGUAACAGGACAAACCAGUAUGGCAUCGACUGGAGAACUAGUAUCUACAAAUGAACACAUACACAUGCAAGGCACUGAAAUCAAUUCAGAGCAACAAACAAAGAUGGUUUCACCUGCUGAAUCAGCACCUGCUAAUGAUGAACACGUGCAAGACAUUGUGAUUCUUAGUUCAGAACAGCAAACAAAGAUGGUUUUAGCUGCAGAGAUUGACGCAUUAUGCGUCCAGGAGACUGCAAUUAUUGAUCUUGGGGGAGCAAGAGGAACAGUUGACCUGAAUGACAUAAGAACACAGGUUCCUGCAUUACCUGGAAGGGAUGUGCUAGAUGUGGAGGCACAUAUUUUGGAGCAAAAAAAAACAUCUUCACCAGGUGAUGAAAUUAAGGGUUCAGAACAAGCAAAAAUCGAAUCGAUUGCAGAGAUCGAAACAGUGGGCGUCAAGGAGAAUGUCAUUGCUGAUCAUAAGGAAACAGGUAACAACAGUGGCGUAAGUAUACAUGCGCCUCUAUUAGUUGAAUCUGGACAAAAGGCAUCACCUGGAGUUGAAUUGCGUGGUAUUGAGGUUGAUGCUCAUGUUUUGGAACAAGCAAAGAUGGUUUCAGCUCUAGAACCAGACUCUACUCCAGAAGUUUGUGCUGACAAGUUAGAACCUUCUGGUGCUGAUGAUGUUGGAAUGAUUGUUGUCCAGGAGGCUGCUUCUGUUGAUGAUCACAAUAGAGCACAAGGUGGUGAGGCUCAUUGUUCAGAACAAAUAAAGAUGGCUUCAAUUGCACAAGCGGUGUCUAGCAUGGCUUUAGUAGGAUAUUCUUCUUCAGAAGACUCAAUGGUGGAUGCUGCUGCCCGAGUAACUGAUGCUGAUUUUGUGGAUAGUAAAGCAGCUGGUGUUUAUCGCCAAGAAACUAUGCCUACUCAAACCACCUCUACCCUCCCAGAGAACAUGGAUUCUCCUGCAACUGCUGCUACCAUGGUUGAAUCGAAGUUUGCUGCCUCGUCUGAGCACGUUGCAGGACCCGAGCCAAUUGAUGAAACUUCUGUUAUGCAAGUGGAACUGGCAACAAGCACAGGGGAUGGAUGUGCAGCAGAUGGUCACAAUCUUGUUUCAUCUGAAACUGUUGUUGAAGUGAAGCUUGCUCAAGAAAUUGUUGUUCCUAGUCCAGGUGGUAGCAUAGAAGCUAAUAAUACUUCUACCAUCAGCGAAGUAUACAAAGAUACCCAGUCUCGUGCAUCUGGUGAAGCAUGCAAUGAUGGUCAGUCUCAUGGUGAUGAAAAUAUGAAACUUGGUGAAGCUUACACUGAACUGCAGCUGGCACCUUCCUCUGGUGAGGAGGCCAUGACAUGUAUGUGUAGUGAGCUGCCCAGCCAGGAGGUGGAGGCUCCAAGCAGUGACCCUUUGGAGAAUAAUGAAGAAACGAAAAAUGAAGCUGCUGCUCAAGGAUCAGUAAAUGAGGAUUCUGCUCCUCGUGCUGAAAAUGCAAAGAUUGAUGAAGCUGACACAGAACAGGAACUGCUUCCAUCUGGUGAGGCCACGGUAGACGAAUCCAGCGAGCUACUCAGCCAAGACGAAAAGGUGGCUCGUAAAGAUGCAAAGAUGGAAGAGUCUGCUGCUGCUGCUGCUGCACAGAGACAGCUAACUACUGAAGUUGCUCAUGCAAGUGAAAACGCGAAACUUGGUGAAGAUGGCACGGAGCUGCAACUGCCACCACCUUCAAUGGUAGACAUAUCUAGGGAGCAACUCAGCCAGGAAGUGGAGGUUGCAAGCUCUGGGCCUUCAGGAACUGAUGAAACUGCUGAGAUGAAACGGCUAAACACUGAACAUUCACCUGGUGAUGAAACUUCAAAACUUGUUGGAACUGAUCUAGGACUGCAAUUGUCACCUUCUGGUGAUGCCAUGGUAGAUAUAUCUAAUAAGCCACCCAGCUGCCAAGACGUAAAGGAGGCCCCGAGCAGUGACAUUUUGGGAAAUGAUGAAAAUUCAGACACCGAGAAGACUCCUGCUGCCUUGCAUGGACGGCUGAACACCGAACUUGCUCCUAGUGGCAGAAAUACAGAAUUUAGUGAAGCUGACACUGGAAAACAAGAGACACCCGUGUCUGCUGAGGCUAUGGUAGAAUCAUCGAGCGAGCCUCGCAGCCAUGAGGCAAAGGAAGCUCCAACCCCUGACCUGUCUGGGGAUGAUGAAAAAGCGAAGUCAGCAAGGGCUGCUGUUGUUGCGGAACUUUUUGGAGAUGCAACAGAAGGUGGUUCGGAUCAGCCAUUGCCGUCUCCUAGAGAACAAGGCAAGGAAGCAGAGGCCGAUGGAGGCUUUUAGAGUAAAGUUGCAAAUAUUGUAUCAAGAGAUACUAGAAUCCGUGUAAGUAAGAACUGCUAAUAGUGCUUUUAGUUGUAACUGGUGUAAGCUUCUACUCAGAAUCAAAAGCGACGUGCUGAGAUUACAGCAACAGUGGCCUACGGCAGUUUACUACUGUUUUGUGCAAUAUUGCUGCUGAGUUUUGUUGAGACAGGCAAUUGAUCUGUCAUCUGUCUCGUCUUGCAUCGAAGUUGGCAGCACCAUGGUGAGGUGCUCCCGCCUUAACCUGGAAGCGCUGACAGAGGGAAGAACAAUACUCUCUGGUUUCCUAAUGUUUUCCUGUUCACUGUUUUGAUU